AUGACAUUGCAAGAACCAAUUUAUGAUUCCAGCAAGCCGAUGCCGGCCAUCGAUCUCGUCUCUCAAUACGAAUUGAAGGCCCCUGGAAUCUCUGGAAAGACAAUCGUGACCGUGCGCAUAUCGUAUGGCCCUGGUGCUGCAACCCCUCCUCACCGACAUGGCGGUUGUGCCGUCACGGGAUACGUGGUGUCGGGCACAAUAUUGAACAAAAUGAACGACGAGCCGAUGAAGGUUAUCGAAACUGGCGGGGCUUGGUACGAGGCUCCCGGAUGCCACCAUAGGAUCAGCGACAAUGCAAGCACGACUGAAGACGCAGUUGUACUCGCUAGUAUGGUUGUCGAUACUGAUGCUUUGGAGAAGAAUGGAAUGGGGGCGCUUAUGCAGAUUGACCCAGAGUAUCUCUGA